AUGAGCAGCGCCGCCUCCAAGUACGUCGACGAGCACCACGGCUUCGGCACUACGGCCAUCCACGAGGGCCAGGCCCCGGACGAGCACACGGGCGCCGUGGCUGUGCCCAUCACGCUUGCCAGCACCUUUGCGCAGGCGUCCCCUGGCGUGGUGACUGGUCGCAACCAGGACAAUUCGUUCGGCAAGGGCUGGGAGUACUCGCGCACGGGCAACCCGACGCGUGGCGCUCUGGAGCGUGCGCUGGCUGCCUGCGAGAAGGGCCGCUUCGCUGUGUGCUUCUCGUCGGGUAUGGCCGCCACUACGGCCGUGACGCACCUGAUGAAGCACGGAGACCACGUGCUGUGCAUUGACGACGUGUACGGCGGCACUCAGCGCUACUUCCGCCAGACGGUCAACCCUACUUACAAUAUCGACUUUGACUUCACGGACUUCAGCGACCUGAACAAGGUCGAGACGCUGUUGCGUCCUGGCAAGACCAAACUCAUCUGGAUCGAAACUCCUACCAACCCGACACUUAAGAUCACGGACAUCCGCGCUGUGUCCGAGUUCGCCAAGAAGCACAACCUGCUUCUGGUCGUGGACAACACCUUCAUGUCGCCUUAUUUCCAGAACCCUCUGACUCUGGGCGCAGACAUUGUCGUGCACAGUAUCACCAAGUACAUCAAUGGCCACAGCGACGUUGUGGGUGGAGUGGUGAUCACUAACUUGGAAGACAUUAACACUAAGCUGCGUUUCGUCCAGAACGGCAUCGGCGCUGUGCCCGCUCCUUUUGACUGCUACAUGGCUCUGCGUGGUCUUAAGACGCUGCACGUGCGUAUGGCUACUCACGCCAAGAACGCACAGGCUGUUGCCGAGUACCUGGAGGCUCACCCUGCCGUCGAGAAGGUGUGCUAUCCGGGUCUCAAGUCCCACCCGCAGCACGAGAUCGCCAAGACACAGGCGUCUGGUUUCGGCGGCAUGGUGACGUUCUACGUGCACGGCGGUCUGGAGAAGGCUCGCGCCUUCCUAGAGAACCUCGAGGUGUUUACUCUGGCCGAGAGUCUUGGCGCCGUCGAGUCGCUGGCUGAGUCCCCCGCUAUUAUGACCCACGCCUCGGUGCCCCCUGAGGUGCGUAAGGAGAUCGGCAUCUCCGACAGCCUUAUCCGUCUGUCCGUCGGCAUCGAGGGCCUCCCGGACAUCAUUGCCGACCUGGAGCGCGCGCUUGCCGCCGAGCCCAAGUCCUCGUAG